GUACUUGCAGGCUGCUAGGCUACACAGCACGAGAGCUCUGCAACAACACCGAAGCCGAGUGCGACUGUGCAAGGGAGUUUUUUCUCUGCGCAAAGCUGACGACCUUCAUAUCCUUCCUGUAACCCUAAAUUCUCUCUCCCUCAUAAGCGGCUUUUUUUCACGCAAACCAAUGCCUAAUACUCGCAUAAAUCAAAGCUCUCUAUAUGUUUGAUCAUAAAAGAAGAUCGCGAAUAACAGGAAAAAUAAAAAUGGCAUUUUGAGCGUGAACAAGGAACAUUGAAACCUAUAGAAGAAAAAGGAAAAUUCCACUGCAAAGAAAAGUAUUUACCAUCUUUUCAGCUUUAUUGCUCGGUCUCUCCAUUCUCUUUGUAAGUUUCACGGUCUCGGAAUGCUUUCGGAGGUUUUUGACAGCUAGAAAAGUUUCCUGGCUUCAGUUUUUGUUUCUGGGUGCUUGUGUUAGUGAUAGGACGGUUGAUCUCGCAGGGAUGUGAAGGUUAUCCGGCGAAUGAUUCAUUUUGGCGGAAUGCGGCUGGCUAACCGGUUUCCGCCAAAUGCUUUGAAAUUUCGAUGAAACGAGUGUUGGAGGAUUUUCGGCUUUGCUGGUUGAAGAUCUAUCAUGAGAAUGCGAUUUCUAAAAGGAUCUUGGAGGAAAAGAGUUUGAUUCCGCUGGGAACUUUAUGUUGCAUUGAAAAAGCUGUUUGAUCUCUGUAAUCUUUGGUUCUUGGCCCUGCAUUUUGGUUCCUUCGACAGUAUCAUCGGUUCUCCUUCGAAUUCGGCUUCCUUUGUUGCAAUAUUUUGUUCCAAGGUUUCCUUUACGGAGGUUGAGGAUAGGCGGACUAUUGGAAUUAAAACAAGUUUGAAGAGCUAAAGGAGGUAGAAAAAUCAUUAUUUCCACCUCCUUGGUUUAAAACUUUUUGAUCAAAUAUUAUUUGUUUACUGUAAGAGAAUCAAAACAAGGUGGUGCGUUGCCAGAAUUAGGUGGGCUGUUGUUUCCAACCGAAAAUAUUGGAAAUAUCUAGGCUUUGUCAUUGAAUUCACGAAUUCAAAACUAAUUCUACAUUAAGAUUCAGUGAAGAAUUUGGCGUUUAAAGUUUCUUGAAGAAAGGGAGCUGGAAAGCGCCUCCCUUUAGGGUUGUGGAUAUAGCUUUGGUUAAGAUGUGCAGGAAUUAGAGUGAUCGAGAGGUAACGAUGGCAAGUGCUUGGGAUCAUCUUGGGGAGAUUGGCAAUGUUGCACAGCUCACUGGCCUUGAUGCCGUGCGGCUAAUUGGGAUGAUAGUCCAAGCCGCAAGCACAGCGCGUAUGCACAAGAAGAACUGCCGGCAGUUCGCUUUGCAUCUGAAGCUAAUUGGGAACUUGCUACAGCAGCUCAAGAUCUCAGAGCUAAAGAAGUAUCCGGAAACCCGAGAGCCAUUGGAACAACUUGAAGAUGCGUUGAGAAGGUCUUACAUUCUGGUGAAUAGUUGCCAGGAUAGGAGCUAUCUCUAUCUGCUGGCAAUGGGAUGGAACAUCGUGUACCAGUUCAGGAAAGCUCAGCAAGAGAUUGACCGGUACUUGAAAAUUAUUCCCCUCAUCACCCUUGUGGAUAAUGCGAGGCUCAAGGAAAGGCUGGAAGAUAUUGAAAGAGAUCAACGUGAAUAUACUUUGGAUGAAGAGGACAGAAAGUUGCAUGCUGUUAUUCUAAAACCCGAGCCUACAAAAAAUGACACAAUGGUGUUGAAGAAGACCCUUUCUUGUUCUUAUCCAAACUUGCCUUUUGAUGAAGCACUUCAAAAGGAAAAUUCAAAACUACAACAGGAGUUACAACUAUCACAAGCAAACAUGGAUGUGGGUCAAUGUGAGGUAAUUCAACGUUUGCUUGAAGUUACUGAAGUUGCAGCAAGUUCUCUACCAGACAAGGAUUCACCUGACAAAAGUUCCAAGAAAGUGGAGCCAAAAUAUUCAGAUGCCCAUAAUGAUAAAUUGCAUUCCUUCGAUGAGAGAUAUCAUGGGGAGAAUGAUACUUAUGUGCCCUCAAGAACUACUUCUUUAGUUUCAUCUGGACAUGACCUACUCUCAACUAGAGGAUCACACCGGCAUGAAGAAUGGCAUUCAGAUUUACUUGGCUGUUGUUCAGAACCUUAUUUGUGUAUGAGGACUUUCUUCUAUCCAUGUGGCACAUUUUCAAAGAUUGCUACAGUGGCUACUAACAGGCAUAUGUCUCCUGCAGAAGCCUGUAAUGAACUCAUGGCAUAUUCAUUGAUAUUGUCUUGCUGCUGCUAUACUUGCUGCAUCAGAAGAAAGCUACGCAAGAUGCUCAACAUUACGGGAGGCUUGUGUGAUGACUUCCUCUCACAUUUGAUUUGUUGCUGCUGUGCCUUGGUUCAAGAAUGGCGAGAAGUGGAGAUCCGUGGAGUUUAUGGUCCUGGAAAGACAAAAACAAGCCCACCACCUUCUCAGUAUAUGGAAGCCUAAGUGGGGUAUAUAUAGGAUGAAGCUUGGUCGUCUAAUGGGUUACCACUCUUUAAGCUUUUACCAUAGAACAGAGCAGUAGCAUCUGUGACUUAGAAGUUGUACCUGGGAUUCUGUUCUGUGCCAUUUAUUUAGCUUUGUAAAUUUGGUAUGUAUACCUUCCAGAUGAAGAUGGUGUGUUAUACAUGCAUUCUUAAAUGAAAUGUUUGCUUAAUUUGAUCUA